CUUCAUAAUUCUGUCAAAAAUCACAAUUAUAAAAUUUGUGGUUUUCAUUUUUUAAUUUGAUAAAAUAAAAGUAUUCAACAUUGAUAACUUUCAACAAUCAACCACUAUGUCUGCCUCUCUGGAAAAUCUAGAGACUCAGCUUGAAAUGUUUAUAGAAAACGUGAGGCAGAUACGUAUUAUUGUAAGUGAUUUUCAGCCACAGGGGCAAAGUGUUUUGAAUCAGAAAAUCCAAUCAUUAGUCACAGGACUUCAAGAAGUAGACAAGCUGAAGUCCCAAGUUCAUGACAUUCUGGUACCAACAGAAGUUUUUGACUAUAUAGACCAAGGCCGCAAUCCACAGUUGUAUACAAAAGACUGCAUAGACAAAGCCUUGGCCAAAAAUGAAGAGGUUAAAGGAAAGAUUGAUUCGUACAAGAGAUUCAAGAGCCACUUACUGUCAGAACUGUCAAAGACGUUCCCCAAUGAAAUAGCUAAAUAUAAGGCCAUUAGAGGUGGUGAAUAGGCACUAAUGUAUAUUCAGUUGUACAUAUAAAAGUCUAAAACCCUAAAGCCUGUUUAAAGGUGUAAGAUUAUAACUUUCAUAUUUAGUCUUUGAAUCUGAUGAUGUUAUUAUAAACAAAUUAUCAUACCUUACAUCCCUUACAGGUGUACCUAAUUAUUACAAUUCAUAUGACAUAUUUUAUGUUAUACUGAAAAUUUGAUGAACCAAUUUUCUUGAAAUCAACUUGAAUUAUUAUUCCCUGUAACCAACUGAAAUUUGUGUGAGAUGUGAUGUGUAUGUAUGUCUUCACAAAAAAAAAUUGCCACCAAUAAAUAUUGUACAGCUGAAUUAGAAGUAUAACAUUACUUACUAAUUAAGUUUUUAAUUUAUGUAUAAAAUUAGAUGUAAGGAAUAUUUAAACGAACUUUCUUUUUAUGCUACUUAGUGAUACUGAUCUGAAGUAAUGCGUAAGUAAAGUUUUUUUGUUUAAGUGUCAAAUAAAAAUUUCAUAAUUUAA